GAUCUGAUUUUAUAACAAUGUCAAAAUCUUCCGAAUUGCGCGGGCAAAGUUUUAAGUUCUCGGGCGGGAUCGCACACAUCCACGCACUGUAUUGAUUUAUCUCUCUCUCUCUCUCUCUAAAAUAGAAAAACAAAACUUCUCAUAAAAGAAUCCUCAAUUUCUCAUACCUGCAAAAUCCUAGGGUUUCCAUCUGCUCAAUCGAACAACAUUCCUAUCGCAUUUCACUGCUCAGAACCUCUCCAUCUCCACCACACACACGUACACGUAUACACACAGAUCUUAUACGGACACGUAUAAGAAACCGACACCAAUCGCUUAAAAUCAUGAACCUGUAGCGCGGUUUUUUUUUUCAGGAAAAAUUCUUAAUUUCAGUUUUUUUUUCUUUUUCCUUUUCCUUUUAUAGUGAAUUUUUCUGUUUGGUGUGAUGGAAAAAUCUGUGGCUUGUGAUGGAACCGUUGAAAAGCUUAUAGAAAUGGGGUUUGAGAGUUGUGCGGCGGAACAAGCUGUUAAAGAAGUCGGUCCGUCGUUGGAUAAAGCUGUGGAUUAUUUAUUGAACGGUUCUUCGAGCAGAAAUUGUGAAGGUAGUGGUGCUAUGACCAGUAGUUCUGAAUGCUUUACAAGCAGCAAAAGUGGAAAGAGAAUGCUGUCUGGCUCUGCCUAUUCGGGUCGAAAGCGACAGUCUAGUAUAUUGGAGCAUUUCCGGUUGCCACGCAGCGUGAAACGAGGCAUGCUUAGUAGUGAUGUGUCUGAUGUUUUGGUUUCUGGGUCAAAGGUUUUGCCGCUUAGUGUGAAUGGAUGUGAGGAAUCGUGUGUUAGCGUGGAUUGUGGUAAGGUCGAGAAUGCGGUGGAUGGUUUGCCAGUUUGGUGUAAAGAAGAGGUGGGUUUUGGAUUGGAUUGGGAGGAGAGAGCGAAUAGGGUAUUGCGAGAGCGUUUUGGUUAUAGUUCAUUAAAGGGUUUCCAAAAGGAAGCCUUGGCUGCUUGGGCAGCUCAUCAAGAUUGCCUUGUUCUUGCCGCUACAGGAUCUGGAAAAUCUUUGUGUUUCCAGAUUCCAGCAUUACUAACAGGAAAGGUUGUGGUUGUGAUUUCACCGUUGAUUAGCUUGAUGCAUGAUCAGUGCUUAAAGCUAUCAAAACAUGGGGUCUCUGCGUGCUUUCUUGGAUCUGGGCAGCCUGAUAGCAGUGUGGAAAAGAAAGCAAUGAGAGGCAUGUAUGACAUAAUAUAUGUCUGCCCAGAGACAAUUUCAAGACUGAUAAAACCGCUCCAGGGACUUGCAGAAAGUCGUGGCAUAACUUUGUUUGCUAUUGAUGAAGUCCAUUGUGUUUCUAAGUGGGGACAUAAUUUUCGGCCUAGCUACAGGCAAUUGUCUGUUCUCCGGGAGAACUUCAGUGCUUGCAAUCUAAAAUUCUUAAAAUUCAACAUCCCACUGAUGGCGUUGACCGCAACUGCCACAAUUCCGGUUCGAGGAGAUGUGCUUAAAGUGCUGAGCAUGUCAAAGGAAACAAAGGUUGUGCUAACUUCAUUUUUUCGGCCAAAUCUACGGUUCUCGGUAAAACAUUGUAGAACCUCUUCUCCAUCUUCUUAUGGGAAGAAUCUCAGCCAUUUGAUAGGCAUAUAUGCUGGAAAGAAAAGGUCUAAUGAAAAGAAGUGGAGUAGUAUCGCGGAAGAAUUAGAUGAUUGCUCUGAUAGCUCUGCUGAUAAUAGCAUAUCUGAUGGAGAUGUAUCUUCUCCAAAUGACAUGAACAGAAUUGAAGAUGAUUGCUGUGAUGUAGAUGGUGAUGAAUUAAAUUUAACAAAGGAAAAUGGAUUGACUGCUUCAAGGGAAAAAGAAAUGUCAAUUGAAUAUUUGGAAAAUGAUGUUGAUGUCUUUCACAUUGUGGAUGAUUGGGAUGUUGCAUGUGGUGAAUUCAUUGGACAAUCUCCUUGCAAGGACCAGUAUAUUUGCAAGUCAUCUGAAACAGUUGAUCCCUCUAGUAAGAUAGAAGACAGGUCGAAACUUUUGCAAGCGCCUUUAGAAGAAGGAGCAACCAUCAUAUAUGUUCCUACAAGAAAACAAACAUUGAGCAUCACAGAGUAUCUUUGUGGUUUCGGCGUGAAAGCUGCUGCUUAUAAUGCAUCGUUGCCAAAAUCACACCUAAGGCAGGUCCACAAGGAAUUCCAUGAAAACUUGAUACAGGUGGUUGUCGCAACAGUUGCUUUUGGAAUGGGAAUUGACAAAUCAAAUAUCAGAAGAAUUAUUCACUAUGGCUGGCCACAGAGUUUGGAAGCAUAUUAUCAAGAAGCAGGCCGUGCUGGAAGGGAUGGGAAACUAGCAGAAUGCGUUCUGUAUGCAAACCUGUCAAGAACACCAUCACUUUUACCAAGUAAAAGAAGUGAAGCUCAGACAAAACAUGCAUUCAAGAUGUUGUCUGAUUGUUUCAGGUAUGGAAUGAACACCUCAUGUUGUCGAGCUAAAACACUUGUAGAGUAUUUUGGGGAGGAUUUCAGUUAUGAGAAGUGCCUCUUGUGCGAUGUGUGUGUCAAUGGGCCUCCAGAAAUGCAGGAUUUGAAAGAGGAGGCUGAUAUUUUAAUGAAGGUCAUUGCAGCGUAUCAUCUAAGUGAACAGAACCAUUCUUUUGAUAGCUCAUAUGAUGGUAAAUGUAAUGACACUAAAUCACAGAGAGCGGUGCAGAAGCCAAACCUCAGAAUGUUCGUCACUAAAAUAAAGGAGCAGUAUCAAAAAUUUUGGACAACAGAUCAGCUAUGGUGGCAAGGUCUAGCUCGGAUUAUGGAAGGCAAAGGAUACAUCAGAGAGGGUGAUGAAAAGAGCCAUGUCCAGAUAAAAUGCCCGGAGCCAACAAAAUUAGGACUUGACUAUCUGGAAUAUGAUAGAGAGCAACCGCUCUCUGUUUACCCUGAAGCUGAUAUGCAACUCUCAGUGAACAAACACAAAUCAUAUUCUUCUUUUGCGGAAUGGGGCAAAGGUUGGGCUGAUCCAGAGAUCCGUCGUCAGCGCUUAGAAAGAAAGCAAUCAAAUAGAAAGCCACGAAAGCCGAGACGGACGAGAAAAUCUGGUAAAAUGAAACUGGAUUUCAAAACCGCCAGGGGUAGAAUAGCAGCAAAACUCUUUUCCAAACAGAAACACGAAGAAAAGCUUUGUUCAUGGGCUAUAGCCAUCUUAUUUCUGCCAUUGCUGGCUUCUCUGCGUCGUUCUUUCUCCUCUUGCCGACCUUGAAGCUGUGGCACAAGCAACAAAUCACAAAAGAGAAACUGAGGAUUAUAGCUGAGGUGUUGGAACAUGCUGAAGAGAGGGCUCACAAAUUUCAAGAAAGGCAUGAUCACAUACUAGGUCAAAUAAGCUCAUACUAUUUGAUCAAUCAAGAACUCGGAGAUGCAUUGGCUGGUGCUAGGGCUGCAAUGAAUGCGGCAAUGGAGUUUGCUCUCAGAUUGAGAGAAGUGCAAAUGAGAGUCCUGAUCAAUUUCCCAGAUGAAGCUGAUCUUUCAAUGUUGGAUAGCCCAUAUGCAAAUGCAGCCAGGCCUGGGAACAAUUAAAGUGCUCAAAAAAGAGCAGCUUCAACAUGGGCUUUGGCUUUAGCUGCUCGGCUUGGUCAUGCAAAAACUGUUUAAUUAAUCCAGAGCCUAUACUACACUACUAGACAUUAGGAAACCAUGUGUGUUAAUUAUUCCUCUUGGCAUGUGUAUAAUGUUUGUUCCCACCCCUUUCUCCCUGUAUAUUUUCAAUAAUAUGAACUAGCAAGCAUCUGCAUUGCUAUUGUUGUUUA